AUGGGUCAGCUGAUGCUCAAUCGGGUGAUAUCGAUGCAGCGGGAAAGUCGUCGCCUGCAAAUACAACCCCAUAAUGGAACAGCAGAUUCAAUGGUUGACAGAAAGGACUCAACCUGCAAACAAGACCAUUGUUCCCAAGGUGGUGAAAUACAAUACCCUGGGCCACAUCUUCCAGAGGAUAUUUGGUGUCAUAUAUAUUCCCUACUGCCAAUGCGAGAUGCUGCUCGAGCUGCUUGUGUGUCUCAUGCAUUUAAACGUACUUGGAGAUGCUAUCCGAACCUUGCUUUCAAUAUGAUAACAUUGGGCAUUGAUAUAGAAUCAUGUGGAGAGGACGGAAUAGCUAGAAAUUUUACCAACAAAGUUGACCACAUAUUGAAAAACCGCCCAUGCAUUGCCACCAAGACACUCGAGAUUGUUUUCCGUUACUACAAUGCCAAAGUCUGUAACAUUGAUAGCUGGUUUCAGGCUGCUGUUACACCGGGGAUUGAAGAACUCACUAUAGAACUAUCUUCAAAGUCAGGAAGAUAUUACAACUUUCCGUGGUCACUUUUAGCCAAUGAGAGUGGAAACUCGAUUCGGUAUCUAAAUCUUGCCCGUUGUGCUUUCUCUCCGACUGACGAGUUGUGCUUUAAAAGCUUGUCAAGACUCGAGCUAAGCGAUGUUGCUAUUACGGGGGACCAGUUGGGAUCCAUUCUUCACAAUUCUUUUGCUUUGCAACGGAUGCAACUAAAGUUUUGCAAUAAGAUAAUUUGCUUGAAGAUACCUUUUCAUCUACAACAGCUCAGAUAUCUGGACGUGUUUGAUGGCGGCAGCUUGCUGCGGGUUAUAGAGGUAGAAGCUCCAAACCUCUCUAAUUUCCAGUUUAUGGGUCAUCGCAAAGUACACCUAUCGUUUGGAGUAGGAUUGCAAUUCAAGAAGUUCGACUUGUACUUUCCUGGUGCUAUCAGCUAUGUUUGUGCUGAUUUUCUGUCCAGCUUGCGAUAUGUUGAAGAUCUUUCCCUAGGUUCACGUUGUGAGAUGAUUGAUACACCAGUUCUACAUAGCAAAUUCCUGCAUCUCAAGCACUUGAAUGUUGAUCUUCAAGCAAUGACAUUUUCCCCGACCUACGACUAUUGUUCUUUGAUAUCACUUUUUGAUGCUUCUCCUUUCUUGGAGACCCUUGUCAUGAAUGUGUUGCAGCAAAAGAUGUUGCACGAGUCAAUCGUGGGAGAUACAUCACAUUUGAGGCAGAUGCCAGGACACCACCAUGAUAGCCUCAAGACAGUGAAGAUCAUUGGUUUCUCCUCUGCGAAGAGCUUAGUAGAGCUAACAUGCCAUAUCAUUGAGAAUACGAGCUCACUUGAGAGCCUUACAUUGAACACCACAACAGGACAUCCUUUCGAUAGCUGUUUAACCAACAAUACUGGAAAGUGCAACCUGUUGGGCGUGGAUUUUAUGGUGGAAGUUGGUAGAGGGCUCUUGGCUAUCAGGACAUAUGUUGAGCCAAAAGUUCCCUCCGGAGUUGAGCUAAAUGUUGUGGAGCCUUGCCGCCGAUGCCAUGAUCAACCACCGCCGAUGCCAUGA